GCGAACAAUCAGGCCUCAGUUAUUUAUUAGCUCACUGCGCUCGCAGCGGAGUUCAGUCUACAGCACGCACACUCUCUGGACGUAUCCACAAGCGCUCUCAGUGGAUCUUGAACCGGGUUUCAAAUUAAAGAUUGAGGAUUCAGUUUACGGAAAUAAAUACGCGCUGUGUACACGUCCAAAACCUCUGACUGUGAUGAGUCUUUGAGUUUGUUCACCCAUCAGACGAACAUCCCCCUUCCCCCUCUUCACCCAGUGUGAAUAAGUCAUCACUACCUUUUGCUUCAAGUACACCUGAAAAUGAGAACAGCGGAGGAGUCGUCUGGCACGGUCCUGCACCGCCUCAUCCAGGAGCAGUUGAGGUUUGGCAACCCCACAGACACCCGCACCCUGCUGGCCAUCCAGCAGCAGGCCCUGCGAGGUGGGGGCAGCGGCGGGGGCGCAGGUAGCCCACGCUCGUCCCUGGAGAGCCUCACGCAGGAGGAGUCCCAGUUCCUCCAGCUCUCAGCCCGACAGGAACCCCAAGGCCAGGAGCACCAGGGGGACUACCAGCACUCUGAGAGCUACCAGCUCUACCAGCUCCAUGGAGAGGAACUGCCCACCUAUGAAGAGGCCAAGGCCCACUCCCAGUACCUAGCCUCCCAAAGGGGCCAGAUGGGGCUGGCUUCAUACACCCUGCCCGAGGCCACAGUCAUGGAAGGGAUGGAUCACCAGGAUGAGGGCUUGCGGGACAUGAAACGGAGCCACGUGCGCUCGCUUAGCGAGAGGCUAAUGCAGCUGUCCCUGGAGCGGAGCGGGGCUCGGGCCGGCAUGGCCUUGAGCUCCUCGCACAGCUACCCCCAGCUCACCAGCUACAACAAUUACCACGAACUCAACCCCAGUCAGGGGUCCCAGUACAGCCCCGACCAUCGCGGCCCCCCUCCGGAGUACCCCUUUUCUGUCAAGGCCCCCGAAUAUAUGCUUUACAAUUCCCAGGAGCAUGGACAGUGCUACAGCGAACCACCACCACCACCAUUCCAUUCCCAGCAUAACAGGUAUGUGCAGGCUCAGCCACCAGUGUCACACCAGAGUGCACUGACCUCUGCUGGUGUGGAGGCCUUCAUGGCAGCCCACGCUGUCUCUAGCAGCAACCAGAUGGCCCAGAUGGAGGCGCUCAUGACGGAGAACGAGAGGCUGAGGAGGGAGCUGGAGGGCUACAGUGAGAAGGCCAUGAGGAUCCAGAAGCUGGAGCUGGAGAUCCAGAGGAUAUCAGAGGCCUAUGAGACGCUCAUGAAGGGUUGCUCCAAGCGGGAGACCCUGGAGAAAACCAUGAGGAACAAGCUGGAGGCCGAGAUCAAGAGGCUACACGACUUCAACCGGGACCUGAGAGACCGCCUGGAAACGGCAAGCCAGCAAUCUGCUAAAGAAGUCGAAGCUGCUGACCAAAACCAACAUGUCUUGGCCGAGCUCACAGAGCAGAAUGAGGAGCAGCAGCGGGAGAGGGCGCGCCUGGAGCGGGAGGUGCUGCGGCUGCGGGCCUCCGGCGAGGAGCAGCGGCAGAGGCUGGAGGCGCUGGAGCAGGCGCUGAGCUCGGCCCAGUCACGCAGCCGGCAGCUGGAGGAGGAGCUGCGGCGGAAGCGGGCCUACGUGGAGAAGGUGGAGCGGCUGCAGCACGCGCUGGCCCAGCUGCAGGCCGCCUGCGAGAAGAGAGAGACCCUGGAGCAGCGGCUGCGUCUGCGGCUGGAGCAGGAGCUCAGGAUGCUGCGCGCGCACCAGCGCCAGUCACACAACACGGGUUUGGCCACGCCGAGCGAGCUGAGCACAGCCUCCUUGCAGGAGAGCCUGCGGGAGAAAGAGGAGCGGAUUCUGGCCCUGGAGGCUGAUAUGACCAGGUGGGAGCAGAAGUAUCUGGAGGAGAGCACCAUGCGCCAGUUUGCCAUGGAUGCAGCCGCCACAGCAGCCGCCCAGAGGGAUACGACCAUCAUCAACCACUCUCCCCGUCACUCCCCCAAAAAUAGCUUCAAUGAGGAUUUACCAACAGCCAAUCAGAGGAAUCAGGAGAUGGAGAACAGGAUCCGGGCGCUGUACGCGCAGAUCCUGGAGAAGGACGCGAUGAUCAACGUGCUGGAGCAGCGGUCCCGUCGGGAUCAGGCCAGGCCCGAGCAGCAGGGCCUGCGCUCCGCCAAGUCCGUGCCCUCCAUCAACUGCCUGACCGUGUCUGCCGACCACGCGGGCCAACCGAAAGGGAAGAGCCUCUCGGAUGACCAGACAGCUGUCGCGUCUUCCUGUGCCCUGUCUGGCUCUCCCCGGUCCUUGAGCCGUGACUGCGGCACCCAGGUUGACCUCCUUCCCCAGGAGUCUCCGGUUACGGCCCGGCCUGCCGGCGCCCCGGUGUCCGGAGCGGCUCCCACCCCCGAUAAUACGAAGCAGCAGAAGCCCUCUAUCAAUGCGUACAAGGGCCUCAACAGCUUGGAGGCAGGAGCGGUGGAAAUAUUUAUCUGAAGAAUUCGUGGAGACCCCACGAGACAAAGGCUUUCCACAGCUGCGAUGAGGCAGAAAGAGACGUACACCCUCCUGCGAUUUCACGAAAAGGGGACGCUGCGCUUUGCCGUUCAGAAGCUGCAACGAGAGAAAAGGAUCUUCAGAGAAAGGCUGGCUCCUCCCACUUGGUGAAAAGCCACUGCUGUGAGACGGAAAAGUACGUGCUUGUUUCGAGACGAGAAGGACGGGACUGUGGAGUCGCACGUAAAAAAGAAAGCCGAGCUUUCCUUAAGUGCGUCUCUACUCUAAAAAGGGCUCACGUCGGUUCUGUCAUUAUAUUCAUCUGCCUGGUGCAAGAGAUGGGUGUGAAUCUUUCGAGGUACAUGGACAGUGUUUCACCUGCCAAGGGCAGCUGAUGGACUACAUGUAUAUAAAAACCUUCUUUGUAAUAGCUGCUGCUUCUCGUGACAGUGUGUGAAGUGCUGUUGUUGCAGCACUUAGUUCUUGCCCCCAAGAUGGAAAAGAAUCCUGAAUGUAUAUUAUUAUUAUUAUUAUUAUUAUUAUUAUUAUUAAUAAUGCAUCGACAUACCAUCCUCAUGUGCAUGUGAUUUUUAUGUAUGUUUCCAUUGUAUGAUGAGGUGUUGAGCUACAGUGUUGAGGAUUCUCAUGUCUGUUUGUAAGAAAAGCAUACUGCGUCCACGGUGUGUCAUGUCACAGAAAUGUCGUCUAUGGCGACCGGGCCUUUGGUUGCUCCUCUCCCUUGCUGGCCUUCCCCGUACGGUGCAGCGCAUUGUUAAGCUAGUAGGAAUCCUUGCGCAAUGCACUCCAUUCUUCUCUCAGGGCGACGGCCCUGGCGCAUUCUCCCCCUGCCCCGCAGCAUUUGCACACUGCAUAGCAACUAUUCCCCCUGCGCAGCAAUAAUUUCGCGCUGCACAGCAACAGUUCAACAUAGCGACGGCUAGUUUUCUGCGAACGUAGAUAAACAGCGGUCCGCUAUUAGUCAGCCUGAAUUUACGCUGUGGCCGGUAGUCUGUGUUAAUGCCCGACGAGGCCCAUUGUCAGCCGUACAAUGGGAACGGGGACCCUCGCUUCGCGAGCUGCGACAAGGUGGCAGCCUGCUCUGUUUAAUAUUGUCAGAGACACUUAAGAUUUCACUCUCGGGAGAAGAGAGGCCUCUUUCGCAAGACUCCCAUUUUUCAGAUACCUCUGAAGAGCAGGUUAUCGUUUUGGACCAAGGACGGCAAAUGCCCGAAUGCCUCUCCUUAAUCUUCCCGCAUUCCUCUCCAUUGGAAUGGCUCUGGUGGAGGAACAGGGCUAUCUGUAGUUUGAUGACACCCACACACUUUCAAAAUGGCAAGCAUUCAGUUCAUUUCCUUGGUCUAUUUAUUUCCUCUUAGCCCAUGUAGCUGGUUCUGUUCAUGGUUUUCAAAAUUGACAAGCAGUUAUAUUCAGCACCUUGAAAGUAACUUGCCUUGUUUGGACAAGUUAUUGUCAUUUUGUUUGCUGACAACCGUGUUCUCUGGUGAAACAACACCAUUUUAACGCAGCAAAACAGAACCCAACAGUUGUGAGCUAGCGUGUACAUGUGUGUAAUUAUGUUCACCUUGCAUGGAGAACCAGUGGAAGUCUCUAUUGAUGUGUCUGUCCUUUGUGUUCAUCAGUAGGCUGUGUGUCUUGCAAGAUAGGAUGUGUGUCUUGGCUGGCUGUGAGCUUGAGAGGAGUGAAGAUUGAUUGUUUUGUUUCAGAAAUCUAUAAUCCCUGUCUUUCUCCAAAUGCUACUCUUUUAUUUUUGUAUUUUCUAAUGUGACGCAUCUGCUGGCCAGAGCGACACUAGGAAAAUCCUUUUGCUAACCCUUUUGUCAUUUGAUCUCUGUUUACAGAAAGACUGUUUUAAAAUGGAAAACUUAAUAUAUUUUGUAUUCUUUAAUAUGCAUUUACUGCCAUGAACAUAAUGCCAAAGAUUCGCAUUACAAUUAAGUUAUAACAGAGCGUUAAAAAAACUCAACAGGACUAUGUCUAGCUACCCUGUUUAAGUUUGUUGACUCGUACUUCGAUGUUUCUGUGAACCUGGGAAUUUUGUAUUGAAAUGCCAGAAACAUUUCAUUAAUACAAUAAAAACCUUAAUAUAUAUGUAAUAUUA